AUGGGGAAAGAUCUGAGCGACGAUCAGAUAUCAUCGAUGAAGGAGGCCUUCACCCUGUUCGACACCGACGGCGACGGCAAGAUUGCUCCGUCGGAGCUCGGGAUCCUGAUGCGUUCUCUCGGCGGAAACCCUACCCAGGCCCAGCUGAAGUCCAUAAUCACCGAGGAGAAGCUCAGCGCGCCGUUCGAUUUUCAGCGGUUCCUCGAUCUGAUGUCCAAGCACCUCAAGCCGGAGCCGUUCGAUCGCCAGCUGCGCGACGCGUUCAAGGUGCUCGACAAGGAUGGCACCGGCUACGUCGUGGUAUCGGAUCUUAGGCACAUUCUCACCAGCAUCGGGGAGAAGCUGGAGCCGGCGGAGUUUGACGAGUGGAUCCGCGAGGUGGAUGUCGGGUCCGAUGGCAAGAUCCGGUACGAGGAUUUCAUCGCGCGCAUGGUUGCCAAUAAGGGCAUUUCAGCCUCAGCCCUUCCCUACAAAAGGACACCCCCAACCUGGCUCAAAACCUCCUCUCAAGAUGUUGAGGAGAAUAUCUGCAAAUUUGCGAAGAAGGGUUUGACGCCAUCACAGAUCGGCGUGAUUCUUCGUGAUUCUCAUGGUAUUGCUCAGGUGAAGAGCGUCACAGGAAGCAAGAUCCUCCGUAUUCUGAAGGCUCAUGGUCUGGCGCCGGAGAUUCCAGAGGAUUUGUAUCACUUGAUAAAGAAAGCAGUUGCGAUCAGGAAGCACUUGGAGAGGAAUAGGAAGGACAAGGACUCCAAAUUCAGGUUGAUUUUGGUCGAGAGCAGGAUUCACCGCCUUGCCCGUUACUACAAGAAGACCAAGAAGCUCCCUCCUGUCUGGAAAUACGAGUCAACCACGGCUAGCACUCUCGUGGCCUAA